AUGGCUUCUGAGGGGCAAAGCGUUCAGCUUCCGUGGCAGGCGAUUCCGAAGUUUAUUCCAGGGACAACAGAUGUUACUGAGUACUCAAAGAAGCUCGAGUUCCUGGCGGCUAUGUGGCCGAAGGACAGCCUCUCCUUGUUAGCCCCGAGGGCAGCCCUUCUUUGUGAAGGAAGUGCCUUCAAGAAGGUUACAGGCCUUUCGCCGGACAAGUUGAAGGCCAACGACGUGAGUGGCGUGAAGCUACUGGUAGAUACACUGGGAGGAUCAUGGGGCCGUACAGCCAUCGAGCAGAAGUACGACACCUUCGAGAAAGCCAUUUUUGGAACAGUUCAGAAAUCAGAUGAGACCAAUGACAGCUACUUGGCUCGGCACGACAUCCAUUUUGAGGAGCUCCUGGCCCAGGGUGUUAGCUUCGAAGAAGUAAGAGCCUAUAUCCUCCUCCGACAGUCCUCCUUGACCGCAGAAGACCGCAAACGAAUUGUGGUGGAGUUGGAUGGCCAGCUAAACUACAAGAAAGUCUGUGCAUCUGUGAGACUGUUGGGGUCCCGGUUCUUUGCAGAUUUUCAAGGACAGAGGGGCACCCUGAAGACCAAAACCUAUGAUGCUCAUAUGGUUGAAGAUGUACCAGCCGAAGAACCGGAGCGCGCAUAUCAGGCAAGCGCGCCUCCUGCCGCCGAGGAGCCCGAGGAGUUGGACUCCGAGUUCGUCGAGGCCAUGGUAGCUGCAGAGGAUCAGGAUGCAUUGCAGGUCCAGGCUUUUGAGGAGGAGCUAGAGGGCUUCUUCCAGGAGACUCCGGAGCUUCAAGAAGCUCUGGUGUCAUACCUUGAAGCCCGCUCAAGGCUUCUGGCCAAACGGAAAUCUCGUGGAUUCUGGCCGGUCCAAGGAUCCAAGAGUGCUAAGGGUGGCAAGAGCUUUAAGGGAAAAGGAAAGGGCAAAUCGGCAAAGGAGCAGUUGCUCCAGAGGAUCGCAAGGAGUCACUGCAGAGCCUGUGGGGAACGUGGACACUGGAAAGCUGAGUGCCCUAAGCUCGGCAAGCCUGGCUCGAAGUCCGAGGCUACAACGACAGUGGCACAGGCAUCCACUGAUGCCUUUGGAGGUCCUCUUGGUGACGAGAUCCUGACCGAGCUCCCCGAGGAAGCAAUCACCCUAGCCGAGGCCUUCUGCACAGUAGAGAGUAGAGGUUUCCCAAGACCCAACCUCGUUCACAAUAAGCUAAAGCAGAUGAUUAAGAACCUUAAGAGCCGCUGUCCUCCCGCCAAACAUGUCCUCAGCCUCGCCAAUCGCUUCGCUCGCCUCUCAGAUGCCACACUGAACGUCACGAUGGCAGAAGUCGAGGCCAUGACUCUGCAGGAGCACGGUCAAAUGAUCGUGACCUUCGGCACGAAGGUUCGCGGCCGCCGUUUCGAAGAGGUUCUCGAAACCGACCCAGCCUGGGUGAGAUGGUGCCUGGAGCAUCUUGCCGAGAGCACCAAGCAUUCGCACAAGGUGUUUUUACGCUACGUGGAGCGCGUGGUGGAGCAAGCAGAAUCCAUAGAAACCGAGCUGAUUGUGCCGCCCUACGGCCACAGUCCGAGGAACGAUCGCGGCUCUCUUGCCAAGGCUGCAUCCAAGAGCCGAGCUGCUCCCCGUCCGAAAGCAGCACUCGCUGUCGAGGACGAUCGCUGGGACAUGAUCAGCGAAUCCAGCGCUGUGCUUCAGACCGAAGUGAAUGUGCUCACGGAGCGCAUGGCCCACAUGGAGAGCAUGAUACAACAGCUUGCGCAGCAUCUGAGCGAAGUGAAUGUAGCCGCCCAGAAACUUCUUGAAGAUAAGGCCAAUGUGACGGAGGGUAAGCAGCUACUGCGUAGGGAAGAUCGCACUCGACCGAGCGCCUAUGUCAUGUUCGGCAUGUACGUACAUGGGGGUGUCAUCGGCAUCACUGCAAUUUCCAAACAAUUUCCGCAAUUGACCCGUCUACUUACCAAGAUUGUGUACCAAACCGAGCCCGAACAUCCCUUUACGUCAAUAGGAAUCUCCUGCAACACCUCAGUGGAGCCUCACCGUGACAGCUUUAAUUCCCGGGUUAUUCCGAAUCUGGUGGUUCCCAUAGACUUUCCAAAAGCUGGAGGGGAAAUUUGGGUAGCCACGCCACCUGUCGCUAAUCAAAGAGAGGUAUCCAUGAGCUGUAAGGGCCAGGAGGUUGAGGGAUCGCUGCAAAACCUCAAAGGAUCGAAGCUGAUCGAUCCCCACAUGUGGCAUGCCACGGCUCCCUGGACGGGAGAUCGCACAAUACUGAUUGCUUUCUCCCUGCAAGCUGUGGGCAAGCUAGUGGUUUCUGAUCAAAAGUCCCCAGCAAUCCUGAACCAUCCCCUCUUCGACAGGAACUAUUUUCAGCACAGCCCAGCCUUCAGGGCCCAAGAUGUGACGUGGGAUGUUUUUCAGGACUCCCUGUUGACUUAUCAGCAGCCUUUAGAAGCUCAGCUAGAUCUUCUUGAAGUAAGCUUCAAUAAGGAGAGUCCCCAGCGCGACCAAGUGCGUCGUCGACUGGAUGUCUUGCAGCCGCAGUCUGGGCAGGCCGCCACUGAAUUGCCCGUGUCCACGUGGGAAGCCAUCUUUCAGAUGGCUCAGAAUUGUGCCCAGAAGGCUCUCCCACAGUAUCAGAUACUUCAGGUGUUUGCAAGUUCAGGAGGAGACCUGACGUAUCAUUGCCUGGGCACGGACAAUCGCACCACGAUGCCGAUUGACCGCUGCCUACGGAAGUACCAACUGAACCUGAAUCCAAUGGAGCUUCACGGCAAUCUGAUCAGUCGACGACCCCUGACCUGGAGGGUUGGGGACCGCCGCCGGUGCCUCUACAUGGUCCUGCUUUCCGAAGCCGCCGGUGAAAACUCCUCUUUGGUAGAUGCUGCGCUGGACUUUCAAUGUGAUGUCUGUCUGGAGUCCACUGAUACGCUUGCGCGCAUGGAUAUCGAGAGUCCCAUUGUCAACGAUGCUGCCUUUGACCAAGCCCUUCAACAAGCGGUUUUAGCAAAGAACUCCUUAGUUCGACAUGGUGGGUUUUCACCCGAGCAAAUAGUCUUCGGGAAAUCACUUCGAGUGCCAGGGAGUGCUGAUCUGGAGUCUGAGCUGUAUCGUCAGAAGUUAGAGCUACGUCGCUGGCAUGGGCCAGCUAAGGUUAUCUGUAGCGAGGGUAAGUCGGUGAUUUGGUUAGCUCACGGGACUAACAUCAUAAGUGUGUCCAAUGCCGAGCCUGCGCCAAUGUCCAACCUGCCAGCGGUGUCCGAGACCUCUGUCCUCGUGCCUCAGCCAGGUGAGUUGACCCCGCAAGUGAGUCAGGAAGCAUCUGGAGUUGAGCGCGAUCCGCUUCUCGGAAACGCUGAGGAGGUGUCAGAGCAAUUUGCAACGGUUGCCGCUGCCAGCAAACGAGCUCGUGCCGAGGUUUGCUUGAAGGAUCUUACAACAGGUAGAGCCUUGGUCCUUCAAACAAUAGCUUCCAAGAAGUUCAGACUUGGAUCAUUCGACAUCAAGACAGCGUUUCUUCGAGGAAAGGCCGACGCCAAUAAUCCUCUGGCGAUGGAGCCCCCUAAAGAGCUACGCAAAGCCCUAAAUCUACAAGAUGAUGAAGUUUGCGAGCUUCUGGGCAAUGCCUAUGGUCGAGUCGAUGCUCCGUUGCUGUUCUACAAAGAACUAAGCCAACAGCUUCUGAGCCUUGGUUUUACUCGCCACCCUCUUGAGCCCUGCGUCUUUCUUCUUUACACACAGGAUCAUCUCCAUGGUAUCCUUGGAAUGCAUGUCGAUGUUGGGGUAUGUGGGGGGGAUAAAGUCUUUGCCCAGAAAGUAGAAGCGCUUCAGAAAACACUACCGUUUGGCAGCCGAAAGCAUGACCGAUUUACAUUUACCGGAAUUUAUCUUGAGCAGCUGUCUGAUUACACCAUUCGAGCAAAUCAGGGGGAUUAUGUUCGAAACAUUUCUCAGAUUGACAUCGGUCGCUGUCGUCGUCAAGCUCCGGACGCAGAAAUCAGUGAAGCCGAGCCCUCCAAGCUCAGAGGACUGGUUGGUAGCUUGCAGUAUGCAGUAACCCAUACCCGUCCCGACAUGGCUGCCAAGCUAGGGGAGAUUCAAAGUUCCAUACCGGGUGCUACCGUCCAAACCCUCUUGUCGGCAAACAAAGUGCUUAGAGAGGCUCAGGAGCAACAUCAGGUUCACAUAGCCUACUUACCCAUCGCGGUUGAUAGAUUAACGUUUGUGUCCUUCGGAGAUGCCUCCUUUGCUUCUUCCAAGAGCCUGAGCUCUCAUCAGGGCGCUUUGCUUUGCGCGACAGAUGAGCGCUUGCUUGCCAAUCAGGAAGCACCACUGUCCCCCUUAAGUUGGUCCUCUAAGAAAAUCCCUCGGGUUGUUAGGUCAACUCUUUCAGCAGAAGCUUACGCCAUGUCAAAAGCUGUGGACAUGCUUGGAUGGAUGCGAGCCCUUUGGGGUGUAGUUCACAUCUCAGGUUUCAAGUGGCAGCAGCCCGAGCUAGGGUAUCGCCAGCUUAAUCGUGCCGCGAUCAUCACAGACUGCAAAUCGCUCUACGACCUGGUUACCCGGCUAGCAAUGCCAGCUUGCGAAGAAUUCAGGACUACUCUUGAAGUACUUCUCAUCAAGCAAAGGUGCUCGGAAAAUACCACCUUCAGGUGGGUGCCGACAACGCUGCAAGCAGGGGACUGUCUGACCAAGCCGAUGGACGCUUCGGUUCUCCGGACAAUACUGGCGCAGAGUAGAUUCAAGUUAUAUGACGCCACACAGGCCUUGGAGAAGAAUGCACAGCGUAAACAAGCCAUCGAGUGGCUUGCACAGGAACCUUCGGACAAUCUUGCGUAA